CCCAACCCAACCGGAAGACAACAGAUUUCUGAUGCGAUGCAGGCUUGCGACUGUCAGCCUUAGUUGUAUACAGUAUUUUCGCUCAAAGGCGAACACAUUAAUAAAAUGCCCUUAUUUGAUGGGUUGGGAAGUGGAGGAGAGAAGACUGCUAUCGUCAUUGACUUAGGAGCAGCAUACACAAAAUGUGGCUUUGCAGGGGAAACGGGGCCCAGGUUCAUAAUUCCGAGCGAGAUCCGGAAACCAGGACAGCAACAGGCCACCAAAGUGGUUCAGUACAACAUCAACACAGAAGAACUUUAUGUCAUACUCAAAGAGUUUAUCCACAUACUGUACUUCAGACACCUGCUGGUGAACCCUCGCGACAGAAGAGUGGUCAUCAUCGAGUCCAUCCUCUGCCCUUCUCACUUCAGGGAGACUCUCACCAAGGUUUUCUUCAAACAGUUUGAGGUGCCCUCUGUGUUGUUUGCCCCAAGUCACCUCAUGGCCAUCAUGACUUUGGGCAUCAACUCUGCCUUGGUGAUGGACUGUGGCUACACAGAGACACUGGUGCUGCCUGUCUAUGAGUGUACUCCUAUUCUGCCAGCUUGGGAGGCUUUGCCUUUGGGAGGGAAAGCCAUCCAUAAAGAGUUAGAUGGACUUCUUGUGGAACAGUGCACUGUGGACACAGACACCACCACUGGGCAGAGUGUACCAGCUGUCAUUGGGACCAUCCCAGAGGAGACUGUGGAGGACAUCAAGGUCAGAACAUGUUUCGUCAGUGACCUGCAGAGAGGCUUCAAGAUCCAAGAAGCCAAAUUUAACCUGGAUGGUACAGCAGAGCGUCCAGCCCCUCCUCCAGAUGUUGAUUAUCCUCUGGAUGGGGAGAAAAUCUUGCACGUCAAAGGAUCAAUCAGGGACUCUGUGAUGGAGAUGCUGUUUGAACAGGACAACGAGGAGAAGAGUGUGGCCUCUCUGAUACUUGAUGCUCUGGUCAAGUGCCCCAUCGAUACCCGCAAAGUGCUCUCUGAGAACCUGGUGGUGAUCGGGGGUACGGCCAUGUUGCCGGGCUUCCUGCACCGUCUUCUGGCGGAGAUACGCCUCCUGGUGGAGAAACCCAAGUACAGCAACGUGUUGGCAAGCAAGAGCUUCCGCAUACACGCUCCACCUGCCAAGCCCAACUGCACCGCCUGGCUCGGAGGUGCUAUCUUCGGGGCCCUUCAGGACAUCCUGGGCAGCAGGUCGGUGUCACGGGACUACUACAACCAGACCGGUCGCAUCCCAGACUGGUGCUGCUUGAGCUCCCCUCCUCCUGAGUCUCUGUAUGAAGCAGGAAAGACCCCUCCUCCACUCAUGAAGAGAGCCUUGUCCACAGAGAAGUAGAACAUGCUGUAACACAGUGGAAAUAAUGUGCUCUCCUUCUACCUGAUAGAACAGUUCAGUAAUCUCUCGUCUCAGCAUCUCAACACAUAUCUUGUUAAUGUGUUAACUACACAGCUCUAGAUGUUUUUCAUGUCUAGUAGUCACACCUAAGGUUCUGUAUGCAUUGAUUGUGGACUGUUUGGUGAUCAGGUGAGCAACAAGACGGAACAGAUAUUGGGAUUUUAGCCGAUUACAUUGAUAUUCUACAAGGAUUAGAGUGUUAAAAUUUCUAAUUGUUUCUGUGCUACGUGCGGCCAUGUCCUCUGCUGAAGUCUCAUUGAACAAGGCACCGGAUCCAUACGUGCUUACUGUCACCUUCACUCCAGUUUGUUCUGGUUUUCGUUGGAAAAUAUACAGUAUUCAGCAGAAAUGUUUUGGAUGACUACCAAGUCAGGUUUUACUCAUCCAUUUGUCAGCACAAUAACAGAAAAUGAAAACGAUGACAUUAUUUCAAUGGAACGUAUGAAAAAAUGUGGAAAUCAGCUUGUCAGCAAUGUCCCAUGAAGCUUUUCCCAAAAAAAAGGAAAACUUUGAUUUAUUUAUUAUUUGUACUUAGCUAUGUAAAAUUCUUUCAAACGCAUUAAAGGCCCUGCACACUCUCACAGGUGUUCUCACUUAUCCAUGCUAAUUAGCAUCUUGUCGGAUUAAAGUUGAGGUGAAGAGAACAAAGGUUGUAAAUUGUCCUGCUCUGAUCAGGGGUUCAGGGGGAUUGCCAGUUAUUAUGUUAACACAACCGCACAGUCCCGAGAAGAGGUCUAAUCAAGCUAAAUAAUUGAAGGCGCUCGUGUGUGUAUGCGUGUGUGUCGACCAUUGUUGUGUACAGGCUUUAAAACACGUUUCACACAAUCUUGCUCUGUAACCAUCAGUUUCAUCUGUUGUAACAAAUAAAUAUUCAGGAUUAAAUCAGA